AUGCAGAGUGAACAGGAAGACGAGCUAGAAACCUCUCUGUCUUGGGAAGCCAGCGGGCGGUCAGUGCUGAAGCUGAACAUUAGGCACCUCUACAUUUUCGGGCUGUGGCCGCUGUGCGAGGCCUGGCCCUUCCACCUGUACACGGCUUACGGAGCCGCACUCGGCAUCUGGAACACUGCGGAGGGCUUCCUGGCUGUUUACUUCAGCUGGGGAGACUUGGAGCAGACGACGCUGGUGCUGAUGAACACCUUUACGAACGCCAGCGGCCUCGUCAAGAUCGUCUUCUUCGCGCGAGACGGUCGGCGCUACAACUCGCUGGCGCGGAGCGUGGACCGGCUGAUGUCGCUGCAGAGCGAGGUCUGCUCGCGGGACCCCGGCCUGGCCGCCGUGCUGCGGCGCUCGCGCCAGGGCGCCACGCGCCUCACGCUGGGCAUGCUUCUCUUCAUGUUCUCGCAGUGCUUCGUCUGGUUCCCCAUGCCGGUGUUCGCACACGCGGGCGAGCGGCGGCUGCCGUUCGCCCAGCACCCCUGGGACAACAACACCGGCUACUACGAGCUGUCGUACGCCGUGCAGUGCGUGGCAGGGCUGUGGCUCAGCCAGAUCAGCUACGGCAUCGACUGCCUGUUCGCGUCCGUCAUGCUGCUGGUGGCUGCCCAACUGGAGAUCCUGGCGGGGCGAAUCGUGGCGCUGGGGAAAGUGGCGAACGCCGCCGGUUGUCGGCCUGACGAAUCACUGGCCGCCAAUACACGCAGCCAGACGUACAGAGACUUGUGCGUUUGCGUAGAGGCUCAUCAAAAGGUCCUCAGGUUCGUCACCCAUUUGGAAAACACCAUGAGCCCCAUCGCAAUGACGCAGUUUGUCUGCAGCGUCCUCGUUGCGUGUUCGUCAUUAUUUCAAGCCACAUAUAGUAAGGACCUUUCAGCAGCUUUCAGCUCGAUGUCGUUUCUCCCCAUUCCAGGAGGCCAGGUCUACCUCUAUUGCUGGGCAGCUCACACAGUGACAGAAAAGGCGGAGAUGAUAUCAUCAGCGGCGUACGGUUGCUCCUGGGUGGAGGCGAGUGAGCGUUUCAAGCACGCCUUGAGAAUCCUCAUCAGCCGCGCACAGAAGCCGCUGGUGCUCACAGCUGGACACCUCUACCCCAUAGACAAGCCAGCGUUCCUCUCGUUGGUGAAUGCAUCCUACUCAUACUACGCGCUCUUGGGCCAGAUGAACAAGCGCUAA